AUGUUGUCCCGCAAAGACAUGGUCGGCCUUGCCCAUCCGGACUUGAUCGACCUCCUGUUUCGUUUUGAUCUUCAACCUACCGAAAAUCUGAGCGAGGUCUCAGAACCAGACCUCGCAAGACGCAUAUUACUCGCUAUCGAACUCGCCGACGUCGAUGAACAAGUUUCUCUGAUCUCACGAUUCAUCCCAGAAGAAGAGUUGGCAGCCGAACGACUGGGCACCGCCGUAGUCCAAAUCACCUCCCAUCGCAUCAUAUUGGACCCCGCAGAAAGGAAGAUUGCUUUGAACGAAGACCCUUCGGGGCCUGAACCAAAAGAGAACGGCGAGGAUUGCAUUGCCUGUGCCGAAAGUGCUCAUGGCAAAGCUCCUUGCGGCUGCAACUACUGCGUAACUUGUUAUCGCCAGAUCAUCCGUAUUGGCCUUCGAUCCCAGGAGGAAUUCCCCCCAAAAUGCUGUAAGCCAUUCGAUGAAAUGGCAGUCGCGCUCUCAGGCUCCCCUGCUCUGGUCCAUCUCUUUCGGCAGAUGCAAGAGGAAGUGAAGCUCCCGAUUCCUGAUCGAGUGUACUGCUACCAAGGCAACUGCGCAGCAUUUAUCCCGCCCGACCUAAAAGGACGAUGCCCUAUCUGUCCCUACAAAACCUGCGUCGACUGCGGUGAAAAAGCCCACGAUGGAUUGCCCUGCGCUGAAGGAGAUGCACUGGAAGAUGUCUGGGCCACCAUGGACGCCAACAAAUCCGUAAACUGUCCCGAUUGCGGUAGGAUGAUCCAGCUGUCAGAAGCAUGCAACCACAUGACUUGUCCCUGCGGCGGUGAAUUUUGCUUUCUUUGCGGCGUGAAGAGUAGGCGCUGCAGUUGCCCUCCAUACAGGAACUUCCAUUUGAUGGUUCCUAUGAAGGAUCGCCCUGGCGUUAAACCACCACAGUUCCGCCGUCCACCUCGCACAGAUGUACCGACAGGUCAAGGCGGUGGCGAUACUGAACCACUCAAGAUUCCACAGUUGCGUCCUAAACCCGGGGAAAAAGAGAGAACCCCGAGAAACAGCGCCUACGCUCUCGGACGGGUGAUUCGACCACUGGUAUUGCCGCAAGACGACCAGCCUCAUCGUCUGGAUGAGGUCAGGCGGUGGCGAGAGAGAGAAGAGACUCGAUCAAGGAGACGCGCGCCUCAUCGAGAGCCUUUGAGGUUUCAUGCCGAGGCCGGGCAAGGUUGGGGGCAGUGGGGGAGACAGCCUCCUGCCCCGGCUGAUUUGUUCGAUCAUCCCCCGCAUACUUUCAUGGAAGCCACGCGCCAGGUUCGAAUUCCUCAUGUGGUGCAUCCUGUCGCGAAUGUUUGGUGGCCACCUGCUAGAACGCGACAACCUGCCCAGCCUGCUGCUACUGCACGACCCUCUGCCCGGCAUUAUGCACGGGGCAAUGACGGUGGCGUAGGAAACGAGAAUCAGAUGAGAAGAAGAACAGUCAACCAAGGAGGUGUUAAAGAACCCCUAACCCUAGACAUGCAACAACGUUCGCAACAUCAAGAACAAGGAAUCUCAGAGGUUCACAUACAGUUUGAGUUGAUAGUACGUCAUACCGAAACCACCAACAGGGAGCAUCAAGAGAGAGAGAGAGUUCUCCGUAUGCAAGAGGCCAAGAGUAUGUUUGAGAAAACAGCAAGUAUCACCGCUGGCCGCAGCAGGCAAACACAACAACCACAACAAUCGAAAGGCCAAAGGAACUCCAAACGAGUUCAGCGUCAGUUCGAGAACAUAGCGAGAUGGAACGCUGAUGUUAUCGACAAGUCUUCUUCCAUGCCAGCAUUAGAUGCUCUACUCUGGGGCACAGAUUUCUGA